AUGAAGGGUCAGGGACAUGAACAGAUACAGGGUCAGGGACAUGAACAGAUACAGGGUCAGGGACCUGGACAGAUACAGGGUCAGAGACCCAAACAGAUACAGGGUCAGAGACCUGGACAGAUACAAGGUCAGAGACCUGGACAGGUACAGGGUCAGAGACCUGGACAGAUACUGGGUCAGAGACCUGGACAGAUACAGGGUCAGAGACUUGGACAGGUACAGGGUCAGAGACCUGGACAGAUACCGGGUCAGAGACCUGGACAGAUACAGGGUCAGAGACCUGGACAGAUACAGCGUCGGAGACCUAGACAGAUACAGGGUCAGGGAGAUGGACAGAUAAAGGGUCAGAGACCUGGGCAGAUACAGGGUCAGAGACCUGGACAGAUACAGGGUCAGAGACCUGGACAGAUACAGGGUCAGAGACCUGGACAGAUACAGGGUCAGAGACCUGGACAGAUACAGGGUCAGGGACAUGUGCAUGCACUGGUAAAGGGACGUGGACAGAUACAGAGUCAGGGAUACGGACUGAUACACGCUCAGGGACAUGGACAGAUACAGAGUCAGGGAUACGGACGGAUACACGCUCAGGGACAUGGACAGAUACAGAGUCAGGGAUACGGACUGAUACACGAACUGGUAUCUAGGUCAUUAGAGGGAUUCGCGGGUUCCAUUAGCAUUGGUGGACGCAUUAUAACAGACCUGCGAUUUGCAGAUGACAUUGAUCUGGUGGCUGGCAGCGAGGAAGAACUGCAAGACCUUACUGGCCGGCUGGCCAGCACAUCAAAAUCAUACGGCAUGGAAAUCAGCACUGAGAAGAGUAAGCUACUGGUAACGGGAGCAAGCAAAGGUCUGUCCGCAAGCAUAGCCAUCGACGGGAAGCAGCUCGAGCAGGUUGACGAGUUUAAAUAUCUGGGUAGCACGAUUACUGAUGAUCAGCGUUCAAUCAAAGAAGGCUAUGGCCCAGUAUGGGCUUGUGAUGAUGAUGAUGAUGAUGAUGAUGAUGAUGAUGCGUCAAACCAGCACGGUGGAGACAGUUUCGGUCAGGGAUUCAGUAACGUUACGUCAAACAACGUCCUCUUUACACUGGCGUUAACCACAACAUGGCAUGUAUAG